CUUCCUCAAAACAGACUACGUCUUAAUUAUUCCUUGGCUUUGUGCUGAGGAAGUGAGCCCAUGGCCAUUAUUGGAUUAAAUCUGAUCACUUUCUAUGAGGACAGAAACUUUCUGGGUCGUCACUAUGAAUGUAACAGUGAUUGCUUGGAUUUUCGCGAUUCCUUGUCCCGCUGUAACUCAAUUAAAGUAGAAAGUGGGGCUUGGGCAGUGUAUGAACAGCCCAGGUUUACUGGAAACUUAUAUAUUGUUACCAAGAAUGAAUAUCCUGAUUAUAAGCAUUGGAUGGGAAUCAAUGAUCAUAUUGCUUCAUGCCACAAAAUCCAACAAGCAGAUGCAGGUAAUUACAAGAUCAGAAUCUGCAACAAGGGCGAUUACGAAACUCAAACAAUUGAAUACACAGACGACUGUCCAUCUGUCUUUGAACAAUUCCAUAUUAAUAAUAUUGACUCCUGCACUGUCCUGGAUGGUGCAUGGGUUUUCUAUGAACAGCCAAAUUACCGUGGAAGGCAAUACCUCCUUGAGCAAGGUGUCUAUGAGAAAGCUGCAGAUUGGGGAGCAACCACAUCGAAAGUGCAAUCCUUUCAUCGUAUCAUUGAGUAGCUAAGCACGUACUGCAAUUUUUGCAGGCUUCACUUUAUUGAUUUGGCAUUAAUAAAAGCUAUUAAUAAAUAGAAUUAAUGAAAGACAAUCUAUCAGAGAAAAAUUUGCAGAACAUGCACGGGUUGGGUUUCCACUUUGAGUGCAAUUGAGAAAUUGUGCCAAUAUUGCUUGAAAUUGCAUUGGCUAGGUUAUACUUUAUUUCAAUUACCAGUCAUUUGCAAAGUCACAAUCAAAAUCUUCCAUGUGCCAGUAUGAUAGAAUUUAAUUGUUCCUUCUUUACAAAUUUCCAUUAUAAAGUACUCCUUUAUCCAUUUAAGGAUGGUAAUCAGCUGUGGCUUUACAUCCACGGCUGAAAAUGGGUUUAUCACAAAGAAACAAGCCUCUUCACCAAGGAUGUCCUGUCCUCCACCUGUGAGUAACCAGAUUUAAAAUCACUGGUGAACACCUCAGUUUCUCAGCAAAUUAAAUAUUUAUUUUAAGUAGCUAUGUGUAACCAGCAGAAACAACAAAAUUACCAGGGCUCCAUAUUUUUCUGUGGGACAUAAGCUUGGAUUUGUGGAUGGGGCCCCAAGUGACAAUGUGUGGAAAACAUAUGCCCAGGUGGUUUUGGUUGCAACACACUUGGGUUUACAAUUCAGUGAAGUGAUGGUGCUGAUAUAACAAGUGGAAACAAAUGCCAACUCUACCCUGAAGUUCUUCUUGAAGCAUAACAGAAUUAAACUAAUAUAUUAACUUGAGUUUUAAUGCUUUAAAGUGCACAUCUGAUAAAUAAGUGCUUAGUUAACAGCAUUAUUACAAUCAACUGUCAGCAUCAGUGAUGAUGUGUUUUAUACACAUUAAAUGGCAAAUUAUGGAACUAUCUCAUUUACUCAAAUUAAAAUAGAUUUUCUGAAUUAAGUCCUGUGAUUUCUGUUUGUUAAGGGUAAAAUAAAUUAUCAGGUAAUCUGAUUUCCAUCAUCCGAAAAAAAAUGGACUGCUAGCAAUGGAGCUUCAUG